AUGAAAGGCUCCCCUGACCUGAUUCCUGCCGCAGAUUUGGACCCCAGCAGAGUGUGCAAGGGGAAAGGAGCCGUCACUCUGAGGGCCACCCUCGUCCACAUAGACGACGAGGGCCGCAUCAGCGCCGAGCCAAAUGUCAUCACAACGCCAGGUGGCUGGACAAGCCAGAUUAAUGGAGACUGCUCUAAAGCAGGGGUGGCUGAGGGGGGCGGCAACAUCACAGCUGAUUUACCUCCUGUAAACAACACUCAGUGCCAGGCCAAUUCACCAGAGAGCCUCAAAGAGAACCAGGCCCCAUCCUCCGCCGACAUUCAGAGCUGCGUCACGACCUCCAGCUCCGUGUAUCCCUGCACCAGCACAGUCAACCCCACCAUCGUCCUGCUGCAACACAACCGAGGUGAGACGGGGCACCGUCCUCAUUUCAAAGAGCCGACCCCAGAAAGGGACAACAGCCCUGAUCCUGGGAGAGACUCUGUCAGUCCGGUCCCUGAUAUGGACUGGAAGAGGCUGCGUCUGUCACUGCACUCCCCUGUGCUCGGUCCUCUCAACAAGCCCAUUGUCCCCGUGCGGAACACUGAAAAGUCCAAAGACUGGUACAAGACAAUGUUCAAACAGAUACACAGAAUACCCGAGCCAAUUGAGGAAAACCCUUACCGCCCCACCUACGUUUUCCCCGACAACUAUGACAUUCAGACGAAAUCCAAAGAUGAUUGUCCCACUCCCUUCAGUUACUUGGAAGAUGUGAGAGCGGUCCCCCGCUCAAAGAGCGACAUGGAGGUGGACUCAAGAGGCCGGUCCAUGCCUGUGCCAACGCGCUCCUCCUCCCUCAGACCCUCCGCCAAAAGGAACGAGUGGGAGCCCCCGGAUAAAAAGGUAGACACCAGGAAGUACCGCGCCGAGCCCAAGAGCAUCUUUGAGUACGAGCCGGGGAAAUCGUCGGUGCUGAAGCUGGAGAGAACGACUCAGGAUGUAAAUCCAGAAGAUGUAGAUUUAGAGAAUGAGCCUUGGUAUAAAUUCUUUUCAGAGAUGGAGUUUGACAACGCGAGUGCCCCCUCUUUCAGCCCCCUGGAAACUGCCUCCGACCUGCAGCAGUACUCCUCGAGCAAGUCUGGACACAGCGAGGUGGAGAAGGACGGGGGAUCAUCCACGGGUGAGCCCGGAGCUCCAGAAUGCGACCGCCAUGUUUACAAGAGUGUCCUGGAGGGCGGCGACAUUCCCCUACAAGGUCUACGGGCCCUAAACAAGCGCCAAGCCAGCUCCUCCUCAUCUAAAGUGGAUUAUAAAGGUGGGAAUGGCUAUAUAAUUUCACCCUGCUCCUCUGUAAAUAGUCGAUCGGUUCUUGCCAGUAAUGCAAUAGGCAACCAGUGUAAGAGUAUGAAGCCUCUAUCUGCUGCCAAAGCCUGCAUACCCCAAAUCCUGCCCUCUAAGUUCAAACCCAAGCUGCUGCCGCCCAGUGGUGACAGUCAGGAAAGCAGGACUCGAGCUGUCAGGCACCCGAAGGCCCACAGCUGUGAGGAUCUGUACACGGGGCCAUGUGGCACAGACUUUGCUGGAGCGGACGAAAGGGCGAGCGGGCAGCGUUCACACUCCGAGUCCAGCUGCGGCGGCGAGUGUCCGGACGGCCUCAAGAGCGUCUCCCCCGCCAUCAGGAGGAGCGCAUCCCACUUCUCCGGCCUGUACAGGACCAUGCAUCAAAUCCAGCGGCCCAGCUCGGCCGGCUGCAGCCCCCACGGCAGCGUCCGCAGCCUGGCCUCUCUUUUUGAGAAGUCGCAGGCCGACGGGGGCGAGAGGUCCGAGGCGGACGGCGGGGGCAACAUUCCACGGGCGGCCGUGUCGUCGCGGGUCAGCGAGUUUGAAGUGAUCAUCCGGCGGUCCACCUCGCCGCCCAGCCGCUCCUCCUCCCUGCCCGCCCUGUACUCGGGCCACAGCCCCGCCCACAGCCCCGCCCACCUCUACAUGGCUUCUGCAGUGUCAGCGGAGUCACUUUUGGUAGCUGACACCACCCAGACGGAUGCCUGCUCCCCGGCGGAGGCAGACGGCAGGAGCUGUGGGGAGGAGGUGCUGUCGCCAGGAGGCGUGACCGUGGAGGAGGCUGCGUCCCCCUCCGAGGACAGACACGGGGUCAGGACUGAUUCCCCCUCCAACACUGAGGCCGAGGUUGAGCUGAUCUUCAGUAAAGGUUCCCCAGAACUGAACCACCAGCACGUGGGUGGAUCAAAAAGUCCUCCUGCCCUGCUUACAGCGUCGCCUCUGCAACACAACCAUCUCCACCACCACCACCACCACCUGCACCACCUGAACCAUCAACUCCCACUCAAACCCAGCAAGUGCAAAGGCUCUUGCCCGGCCUCUUACACCCGCUUCACCACCAUCCUGCGACACGAGAGGCAGCAGGCCUCGACCCAACAGGAGAGGCUGCCGCCUCUGGAGAAGAAGACCACGCUGCCCGGGAACCUCUUUCUCAUGGGCCCGGCUCCCUUCAGGUUGAGGAAGAACCUGCAGUCCCACCAGAGUCGGAGGAGCCUGCCGGCCACUAAAGUGAUGGCGGGCACCCCGAGGCCCAGCGCUUUGUCUCCUGAGCCCAGACCUCUAAUCCCGCAGCGCCUGUCCUCCCUGGAGGUCCUGGAGAGGCUGAGUAACGGAGAUGAAAGCAACAAUGACCACCUGAGUAACGGGCAGGGCUUGGACGCCAACGGGAACCUACUGAAGCCGCUGGCACUUCACCGCAGAGACUCGUCCCCAGUUCUCGGGGAGAGCCCGGACGAAGUGUUGCGAAGGCGUCAUGGGGACAAAGAGAAAAUCUUGGAGGAGCAGCGGCGGCUGAAGCGAGAACAGGAAGAGGCCGACACGGCGUCCAGGCGGCACACGGGCAUCGUCCCCACGCACCACCAGUUCAUCACCAACGAGCGCUUCGGAGACCUGCUCAACAUCACGGAUAACGCGGAGAAGAGGAAAUCAGGCGUCGAGAGAACUCCGGCCAUGGCUCGCUUCGACUUCCGAGCAGAAACUCUGAAGGAGCUGCCGUUCCAGAAGGGAGACAUUGUCUACAUCAUUCGACAGGUGGAUCAAAACUGGUACGAAGGGGAACACCAUGGAAGAGUUGGCAUUUUCCCUCAAAGUUACGUCGAGCUCCUCCCCCCCACAGAGAAAGCCCAGCCAAAGAAAAGCGCCCCGGUGCAGGUGCUGGAAUACGGAGAGGCCGUCGCCCGCUUCAACUUCAACGGGGACACGGUGGUGGAAAUGUCCUUCAGGAAGGGAGAGAGGAUCACGCUCAUUCGCAGAGUCGAUGAAAACUGGUAUGAAGGCAAAAUCUCGGGCACCAACCGCCAAGGCAUCUUCCCCGUCACCUACGUCGAAGUGAACAGACGACCCCGAGUCAAAAACGGGAUGGAGUACCUGGACCCUCCGGUCAGCCAGUCGCCGCAGCGCAGCACCAACGCGUCUCCUCAGCUGUAUCGUAACCGUCUGACCACCUCCCCGCUGCCCCUCCCGCGCUCCCCCCGCCGCUCCGUGUCCCCCGAGGUCCACGCCAUCUCCUCCGAGUGGAUCUCCCUGACUGUGGGAGGGGGGAGCCCCCCCGCCGCCCCCACGCCCCCCCUGCCGCCGCUGCCCUCCGUGUCCUACCGCUGCGGCGAGUACCUGCCCCCGCCCUACUCCGCCAGCCCCGUGCCUCCCAUCACCGGCAGCCCAUACUGGGCCUCCCCCAUGGCCUCCCCGUCCGCCUCGCCUCUUCCCCCGCCUUACCCGCCCAGACCCAACUCCACCACACCCUUCCUCACGUUCACCCCGCCUCAGGGGGGGGACUUCCUGCUCUCCCUUCACUCUCCACGUCUGUCCCGCAGUGCGAGUCCCUGCGGAGGGCCCGUGCUGGAGGGCUGGGUGAGGGGGGAGAAGGAGUUGACGGAGGGGGAAGGCGCAGAGGGAGACGGGGGUCACGCAGCCCCGGGCGGCAGGCGAAAUAGCCCCUCGGAGUUUGGAAAGAACGAGGCUGACCAUCACGAACGGAGCUCGAGGAGCCCUGUGAUGCUCUUCGACAUCCAAGACAACAACAACGUGAACUCUUUUGCGGAGGCAGUGUGUAAUGAGAUCUUGAAUAUAGCUGAGACCUCGGUGAGGUACUGCAGCACCCUGUCCCACCACCCUCAUGACUCUGUCCAUAGACUGCACCCCCACCCCAGUAAACAAUCUCUCAUCAUUUCCCAGCAACCCCUGUCCCACAGCAGCAGCCCGGAGCCGAACCGCCUCAGCUGUGGAAUUUUCCAGGCUCUGUACAGUUACGUGCCGCAGAACGAAGACGAGCUGGAGCUGCAGGAGGGGGAUCUCGUCAGUGUCAUGGAGAAGUGCGAUGACGGCUGGUUUGUCGGAACCUCGAAGAGGACAAAACAGUUUGGGACGUUCCCUGGGAAUUACGUGAAGGAGGCGAAACUGUAAAGGUGUCUAAUCUGGCUGUAACACACGGUCGCCUGUCAAGCUUGGGAAGUCACUACUAUCGCGCAUGGCUGUUGGUUUGUGUAGUCAUUUAGCCAGGCGAAUCCAUUUCGUCUGGGAAAGUGUUCGGUUCGGCCUGAGGUAUGUCAAACCGCACGGGGGAGGCGGAGCCGGCUCACCGGCCCGAGCCUCAGCGCGGUGAACACCAUGGCGACGCUUGACACGCUCUUCUUGGCAGAACUCGUCUGUCUCCACGUGUGGAAUUCCUCCGUGAAAUAACCCCUACCGCAAAGUAGCUUUUCUUGCACAGAUAAUAGCGUCCGUCUUGCCCGUGUAAUCCCCAGUACAUCCGUGUUUUACGUAGCACCUCAGUCUGGAGCAGUGUGUGGAUUAAAGAGUGGAUCUAAUUACCUGAACUGGACUUUGGAGGAUUCAGAAUGUGGUUUUUAUGUGACCGUGUGGUUGGAGCGGUUUGCCGAGGAGCUACCUUUCAGGACCAGAGGUGUCCCAUCACGAUUCGCUAAGUAUGAAGCAAAGCCUGCCCUUUGCUUCCAAAAAAAAAGAAAGAAAAGAAAACCUUCAGUGUUAACAGACAUUUAAUUGAACGUUUAGAUCGUGUAUGAAGCCCCCCUUGACAAAGUGGUCUGUGACAGACCUGUUUUUACGUCACAUUUUAUGAAUCUACCACAUUUUCCAUAUUUUAAGGGCGUCACCACAUUUGCAACUCAGUGUGAAGCCCAAAGCUUUAGCUACCGGUUCAGUAUUGCCUUCCUUUUGUAUCCCACCGUUGUUGUUACAACAGUUAUUACACCAGUUAUUACCAAGUCACGUGCUGUUCGCUUUUCAGCCGCGAGCACAAAUACAGCGUUGAAUGUCUGAUAAAAGUCUAUAUGCACAUCCUAUAUUUUCCAACUCUAUUUAUUUGUCCUUUUGUACCUCUUGUCUGCUGACGGGAUGACGUCUGGAAGGUAGCUGGCGGUAGACGCCUGGCUCCAGCACUUAGCGUCCGGUUUGGUCUUUAAGGAAGAUCUCACCUUACGGGACGAUAAUAGUGAAUAAUCACAACAACAACAAAAAGAUACUUCAUGUUUUGAAGUGAAGCCAACAAGGUGUCUUAGAAAACAAUCAUUUUUAAGAGAGUAUUGAGAUUUUAACCACGCCCCCUAUACUGACGAGAUUGUAUUUAAAAUGUGUACAGAAAACUUUUACGAGGCCUUCCAAAAUAUGGCUCCAUAUUUUCAUAUGUAAGGACGACAGCUAGUGUUACGCGGCGAGUGGAAUGGUUUCAAUAAGGAGCGUUGGCGCCCGCAUGCACCGAGGUCGACGGGGUCAAAUUCGGAGCAUGAAACGCGAUCCGCCAUCGCCUCGAUAUCCGCCGCCUUCAGUUCGCGGCAUGAGGAGUGGCGACGGUCCGCUCUCGGAGAUUCAAUCGCUUUGAAAUCUUUUGCUGUCGGAAGCAAAAUAGUACAAAUAGUUCCUCCGGGCUUGUCGCGACCUGCGGGGUUUUUUUUUAGGCUAAUUGCUCGGGAAGUAUUUUAAUUCCGUUCUGUUUACACCAGGUGGACUAGUGUGACUAUCUGAUCCUUCGCUCCAGUGCACACAUUUCUAACCCAAUGGUGGCCGAGCAUCCGCAAACUCCCCACGAGCGCACGGCGGCCACAAACAGUAGCUCUCACAAGUGUAUGUUUUCUAUAUCUUAGCUACGGUUGUGCAGUGAUGAUGAACACGUUGGUCAUGGUGUUGAAGCUGCCACACAAGUGACAUAUGAAGUUUAAUAACUUGUUGUGCAUUCGACGGUAGCAAUCGGCGGUUCAUCCUCGCUCGUCGGGACGAAAUCAGGAGUUUUGUUUCUCUUUGACAAUAUAUUGCCAACAUCUACAAAAGGAAUGUUUUCUCAAGAUAACACGCUGCCUGUGUAGCACUGAUAUAAUAUUCAGGUAUUUUGUUACACCACAAACAAAGCUAUGUUUCCCUUCCACCGCUGACUAAACAUGUUGUUGUUGUAACUCCAGUGAAAUGUGCUGAUUGGUUGGGAGUCUUUUGACCUGUUGGGCAGAACAAACGAUUGUCUCCGUCUCAGACACACCACACAGUGGACAAACAGUCACUAUGUAGUCACACACACACACACACACACACACGCACGCGCACAACUCUAAUCUAUAUUGUCUCUGUGAUGUUGUGCUCUAGAAAACACAUCACAGGAUGUAUGAAAUGAAUGUAUGAAUAUAUGAAUGUGGCGCAAUGCACACACAGAAUAUGUAAAAACAAAAAAAAAAGAGAGAGAGAAGAAAACCCACACAUCUGUAUUUUCAUGUUGAAUGAACACGCGGACCCCUGAGCGGCAUGACACGAGAAGGAUUGUAAAUAUGUAAAUAAAUAAAAAUGGACUGCGAGCGGUGGGAGCGUCAGAUUGAGCUUCUCCGUCACUCGCGGCGGUUUAUUUACCUGAAGGAUUGUUUUGGCAAAGCACAGAGUGGAGCGUUACUGAGCACAGGAAGUUUGACGCAUAUGAACAUUACGCUGCCAUUUGUGACUCAUAAUGCCUUAUGUUGGAUGCAAAAUUGUGCCUCAUUUUCAUUUUUUUUUUUGGAGGGGAGAUCGUUGAUAUGUACCCAUGACCUAUUUAAUGUAACCCUUGUUUUCCCAUUAGCCGUAGUCUCUGUGAUGGGAGAACAUUUACUAAGAACUUGUCAGUUACGGCGCAAGUACCUAAAAAGUGUGACACGAUGCUUUAACUUAAAUGAUUAAUAAUCAUAAGAAUGGACUAGUUUAAUGAGACACAACCUGCAACAGGUUUGCUUUGUUUGCUUCAAUUUGCAGUGCUGUUACAUUGAUAAUAUUAAAAUAAAGAUACUAUACACUGCUGUGACUUCGGUAUUAUGCAAUAUUUA